GAAAUAUCAAACUAGUAUCUCACAAUUCACAAAUCACUUUCAUAUUUUCCUCCAUUUUUUGCAUUUCGUCACAAAAGAACGGAAUUUAUAAUUCGGAGACGCCAGCCCUGACUCGAUUUGACGCGGCUCCGAUGGUCGCCGCCGCCGCCGUCGCUGCCGCCACCGCAGUCCACCCGUGAGUCCCCGCCCGGCCUAGGGUUCCACGCAAAAGUUUUCUUCCACCCUCUAUUUCUUUUUCCUUCUCGUCUCUACAUUCGUUCGUGCGAUUUGCUCGUUGCUUCUGUCCCUGCGGAUGGAUUGGGCGCAGCAGCAAGGCGUGAGCUUGCCGCCGCCGCGAUCCGACCACGCCCGGAUGCAGUACCAGCACGGCGGCAGCCGCAGCCGCAUGCCGCCGUUCGCGCGCGGCGGCGCCUACAGCCGCGGCCAGAAGCAGUUCUACCCGCCGCCGCCUCCGCUUCCGGUGGCCUCGCUGCCUCCACCGCCGCAGAACAAGUACGAGGUGCUCAUGGAGGCCGGCCGCCUCGCCGCCGAGUACCUGGUGGCGAAGGGCGUGCUCCCGCCGGCCUCCCUGCAGCGCGGCGGCGCAGUCGGCGCUGGGGGAUGGGGCCAGCUGCCGCCUCCGCCACCGCUGCCGGCGGCGCAGGAAGCCCCCGUUCACUUCGACGCCAGGAGUGGCCGGCGGCGGGUUGAUGACGAGUAUAGUAAUCCUAACGCCCGCUCGCGGCGGAACCGUGGUGGUGAUUACAAUAGCAGCAACAGUAGUAACUACAAUGGAAGGGGGAAGAGGAAGUUUGGGGCUGACAAUAGGUAUUCGGAUUGGGGGAGGGAUCGGGGGAGGAGCAGGGGGUAUUCGGAUAACCGGAGUUAUGAUGAGGAGGAUGAGGAUGGGGCUCCUGGCUUUAGGAGGGAGCUGCGAGGCAGAGCUGCGAUUGAUGAGGCUGGGAGUAGUGUGUCAGGGGUGGCUGGGGAGGGGCCAGCAUCGAAGGUGGAGGCGAUGGGGGAGUCGGAGCUGGAGGAUACUGGGUCAAAGGUUAGUUCUAACAACAAUAUCCGGCAUAACGCUGAUGCUCUGCAAGAGGUGGAAGAUGAGAGUGAGGCAAAUAAAAUGCAGGAGGAUAGUCUGGUGUCUAAUUCAGAGGUAGUGGAGCAAGAAUUGAAUGGUGAGGGUAAUAGUAACAAUGCUUCUUCUGGUGUUGUCCAAGAGGCAGAGACAAAACAUUUGCCAGUGUCCUCAGAUGAAAAGGUUUCAGAUGGGAGGCCUGAAGAUAGUAGUGUAUUGAAUGAGAAGACUGAAGAUGAUAAGACUUUGGAUGAGAAGGCUGAAGAAGAUGAUGAGGUCUUGAUUAUGGAUACCACUUCCUGUAAUGAUUCUAGACAUUUGCUGAACUGCUGUAGUUUUGCAAGAAUUCCAACAAGACCACGAUCAGUGCUUGCACACAGGAAUGCAGGACCAGCCCAAAGAGAAAUUGCUGUAGCUGAGCAGGUUGAUCCAGUUUCCUCUGAAGAUGUUUCACAGAUGGCACUUGAUGGGGGAACAAAUGCCAACUCCUUAAGUAGCAUCCAGGCAGACAGUAAAGAUGAUCUGGUCUGCCAAGAACAUGCUGACCUAAGCACUGCUUGCAAUCAAGUGGUAGAAUCAGUGACAUUCCAUGAAAAGGAAACACAAGGCAAAACUGAAGAAAUGGAAGAACGUAAUAAUAUCCCUCAACAUUACGGAGUUCAGGAUAAUAAGGAGCACAAUGAGCUGUCUCCUGCAUUGGCUUCUCGUCAGAACUUGAGGUUGCAAGUUGAGAAUGGAAUACAAAUUUAUAAUAUAGAUACACCACCACAAGAUGAAGAGCUGAUUGAUUCAUCGGAUAAAGGGAAAACAGUUGGUGCGGAGUUAUCACCUAAUAUCAGAGCAGAAGCUGUUGUCACAAUGGAAGAGGAAAAGCUGGGUCAGUCUAGCUCAUUUAAAAUACGUGACCUCAACCUGGUUGGUAGUCCAGAGGUUGCUGAGAUGCGAACUGAUACUCGUUUAGGCCAAUGCUCCACUGCUGGAUGUUCAAUGGAGAUACAAGAUAAGCAACAAGUUGACUUUGGAAAAACUGUUGGUAACAAUCCAAGUAAUGCUGACACAUAUGGCCCAUUUCUAUUAGGAAAUAAGGCAGUUCAAGUUAUUGAUAUCGAAGAUGACUCACCAAUUGAAGCUGAUGCUUGUGACACUUCAAAAGCAAAAAGUGAGAUGGUAUAUUCUAGCAUGGAGAACAUGAUGAACCCACCCGUGAACACUGACGUUCUUCAUGGUAUCCAAGAUGGUUAUAGUCUUGCCAUUUCCGAUUACCUUGGUGCUGAUAUGCCAUGCUACCAAUCAAUACAAACAGACCUUCAAGCUGGGAUGGGCCUAAACGGUUCAGAGGGCACAACUGUCAUGGAUGAUACAAUAUAUAGUUCUCUUAGCGACAUUGGUUUUAUGGAGGUCUGGGACCAGCCACCUCAAGACUAUGAAAAGUUCUUCUGAUCUGGUACCAACUCGUGUUGCCGAAACUGUUCAGGAGUCUGACAGAUAAAUACGAGCUAUAUAGUAUUGGCGGAAAUAAAGCAGUAGAUUGUGCCUCACACAUAGAAUCCCAUAUGCUUGUACGGCAGCAGCAUCUCACACACUUGCAUGUUCCAGGCCAUAUUGGCGCUUUCGUGGGACCAGGGUCUGCAUCUGUUAGCUCAAAUAGUAGAGUAGAAUUGUUCACUCUCCCUGCCUUGCCCAACACACUAGUGUUAAUAGUUAUCAUAUAGCUGUCUGUCAUAUAAUUCGAGGGAUUGACCCCAGGCCGAUAGAGUACUCAUCCGAAAGAAUUCUUCGUUUGUAAACAGUUUGAUAUUUUGCAAAAUAAUUGUUUAUCAGUUA